ACUGUGCUACUUAAUAUGGAGAACUCAAAUCAAACCUCGUCGGAUAGAUUCUUCCUUCUUGGCCUCACCAAUAUCCCAUACCUACAGGCAAUAUAUGUUUUAUUAUUCUUUAUAAUCUAUAUAACCGCACUGUCAGGAAACUCCCUGCUUAUCAUCAUAGUGAGGAUCAAUGAGCAGCUGCAGACUCCCAUGUACUUUUUCCUGAGCAACCUCUCCAUUAUAGACAUCUGUUAUUGUUCCACCAUAGUACCCAGAAUCAUAAUAAACACUUUAUCCCAGGAUAGAAGUAUUUCCCUCUUAGACUGUGCUUUGCAGAUGUUCUCCCAUUUAGCUGUAGGUGGGACGGAGUGUUUGAUUCUAGCUGUUAUGGCCUAUGACAGGUAUGCAGCCAUAUGUCAGCCAUUACACUACAAUACAGUUAUGAACAAGACAUUCUGUAUAUGUAUGGCAGCUGUAUCAUGGACUUUCUCAUUUACCAGUGCUUUCCUCCAUGUUUUUUUCACCUUCCAACUGCCUUAUUGCCGUUCUCACAACCUUGACCAUUUCUUCUGUGAGAUGCCUCCUUUCUUUAAGAUCUCUUGCCGAGAUACUUGGCCCAAUGAAUUAGCCGUGUACAUCACAGCCAGUAUAAUUGCCAUGUUUUCUUUCCUUUUGACGCUCAUAUCAUAUAUUCACAUCAUCUCCACUAUUCUGAAGAUCCAUUCCAGUGAAGGAAGACGGAAAUCUUUUUCCACUUGUGCAUCCCAUCUCACAGUGGUCUCGCUGUUCUAUGGCACCAUCUUGUUCAUGUAUAUGAGACCUCACUCUGCGUAUUCAGACAUAGAUAAGGCAGUGUCCAUUAUUUAUUCGGCUGUGAUCCCAAUGCUGAAUCCUAUCAUUUACAGCAUGAGAAAUAAAGAUGUUAAAGGCACCAUAAGAAAAUACAUCCCACGGCUAUUCUUU